AUGAAUUUAUAUAUUGGUACAGAUGGUGAUGGUUUUGGUGCAGGUUCAUUGCCCUUAGGUGUUCAAAGUCCAUAUGGUGCUCUUCGUUUAGGUGCCGAUACUAGUAAUACUUUAGAUAUUCCAAUUGUAUUCAAUCAUUUAGGUGGUUAUCAUUAUUCUGAUACACAUAUAAAUCUUUUUUCACAUACACAUAUGUUUGGAGCUGGUGUACAAGAUUAUGGUGAAGUUGGUAUAAUACCUGUUCAAAUAGAUAAUAAUAAACAUUUACAAGAAAUGAUUUCUAAACAUAAUGGUUAUCGUAGUGAAUUUCAACAUGAACGUGAAAUUAUUGAACCAGGUUAUUAUCAAGUUUAUCUUCAUACACAUAAAAUAAAUGUUGAAUUAACAGCUACAGAACAAGUUGGUAUACAUCGUUAUUCAUAUGAUAAAAUAAAAAAUAAACAACAUGUUAUACUUAUUGAUAAUAGUUAUACAUUACAAGCAGAUGUAUGUAAUCGAAGUCAUAUUAAAAUUGAUUCAAUAAAUCAUGAAAUAACAGGAUUAAUUUUUUUUCAAGGAUCACUUUCAGGACGUUUUGGUGGUGUAACAACUUAUUUUGUUAUUACAUUAAAUAAUUGGUCUAAAUUUGGUGUAUGGAAUAAUGGACAAAUAAUUGAAGAACAAAAUGAAAUUGAUGGAUGUUCAUCAGGUGCUUAUAUUAUUUUAUCUGAUGAACAAGAACAAAUAACAAUGUACGUUGGAAUUAGUUUUAUUUCAAUUGAACAAGCACGUACUAAUUUACAUGUACAAACAAAUAUGUUUCAAUCAUUUGAUUCUAUUCGAACAAUUGUACAACAAAAAUGGCUUGAUGAAAUAGAAAGAUUUGAAGUUAGUGCUGAAUGGGAUCGUGAAGCUGAAAUUAAAUUUAAUACAGCUUUGGUUCAUUCAUUAUCAAGUCCAACACAAUGGGAUGAAUCAAAUGGUGUUUAUCUUGGAUUUGAUGGUCAAAUUCAUACUAAACCUAAUUAUAUGCAACAUGUUUAUACUGAUUUAUCCAUAUGGGAUAUAUUUCGUACACAAAUACCAUUUAUUGUUUUUCAUGAUUCACAGCGAGCAAAUGAUAUUAUACAUUCAAUAAUGAUUAAUGUUGAGCAAGGUAGUGAUUUACCAAAAUGGCCUUUUGCUAAUGGUUAUACAGGUUGUAUGAUAGGUUCACAUGCUGAUAUACUUAUAAGUGAUUUAAUUAUGAAAAAAGAACAUGAUAAUUAUUUAAAUUUAACACAAGUUAUUCAAGCUUUAAGAAAAGUUGCUAAUCAAAAUCAAGUACAUGAUGGUCGAUUUGAUCCAUCAACAUAUAUACAAUAUGAAUAUGUUCCUUAUGAUAUGGAUCAACAAUCAGCACCAUUGACAUUAAGCUAUGCAUAUGAUGACUGGGCUAUUGGAAAUGUUAUGAAUGCUGCUGGUUUGACCGAUGAAGCUAAAGAAUAUUAUAGACGAGCAACAUGGUUUGAACAUGUUUUUGAUAAUAAAACAAAAUUUUUUUGUCCAAAAAAUAAAGCAGGCAAAUUUGAGUGUCCAACCAAUGAAAUUGAAUUUUUAAAUCCAUUUGAUAAUAGAUAUGUAGAAGGUGAUGCUUGGCAUUAUCGAUUUUUUGUACCACAUAAAUAUUCGUUAGAAUAUGAUGUGAACACAUUAAAUACCUUUUUUCAACUUGGGCAACUAUGGGACACAACAUUAUUACCAAAUCCAUAUUAUUGGCCAGGUAAUGAACAUAAUCUAUUCUCAGUCUGGCAAUUUAACUAUGCUAAUCGUUCUGAUCUUACACAAAAAUAUGCACGAUGGCUAUUAAAUCAUGCUUAUACAAUAAAACCUGAUGGAUUACCAGGUAAUGAUGAUUAUGGAACAAUGUCUGCUUGGUAUAUAUUUACUAGUAUGGGAUUUUAUCCACUUUCUGGUUCAUCAACAUAUUUAAUUGGUAGUCCAGCAUUUGAUCGUAUAAAAAUUACUCGAAAUAAAAACGAAUGUAUUUUAUUAAUAAAUGUUCAUAAUAAUUCUCCAACAAAUAUUUAUGUUGAACGUGUAUUAUUGAAUGGUAAAAUUUUAUCAACAUUUCCAUUUAUUGAUCAUAUAAAUGAUUUGAAGUGUUCGAAUAAUAAUAAUCAAUCAAAUAUUCAAUUAGAUUUUUUUAUGUCAUCAACUCCUUUAUUAUUAUAUGACAAAUAA